AUGAGCGACACUGAACUCUACUCGCUGGACGACAUGGACAUUUGCACCGUGCCUGUUCCCGCGCCUCCAGAAAGGAGCUCGACAACCAGGAGAAGCCGAGGAUCCAGCGGAUCCACCAAGACUUCCACAGGGUGCAAGAGCCCACAGGCUAUCACCAUCGCCGUGUCCUCACGGACACUCUUCAACAUGGCCGAGGAACGGGCUAUCUAUGAAGCUGACGGCUUGGAGUCAUAUGUCAAGUAUCAGCAGGACCACGAGAACGAACCACUCAAGAAAGGAUUGGCCUUCGCCUUAAUGAAGGCACUGGAAACAGUUAACUUACGGCUGCAUGAACUUUAUCCUGGGAGUGAUGAAAUAUUUGAUAUAGUUCUAAUGACAAAUAACCACGCCCAAGUAGGAGUGAGGCUGAUAAACAGCAUCAAUCACUAUGGUUUGUCAAUUGAAAGAUUUUGUUUGACAGGUGGAACAAGUCCCAUUAAUUAUCUAAAAGCAUAUCACACCAACUUGUACCUCUCAUCAGAUCCCGUUAAAGUAGCAAAGGCUCUAAGUGAAGGAAUUGCAGCAGCUACACUGUGCCAUCUUGACAAAGAUACACAGCUCUCUGAGCAGCAACUAAGAGUGGCUUUUGAUGGAGAUUCCUUUGUGAAUCAAGAAGUGAGUGAGAAAUCUUCGAAGGAUUAUAUGCUGUCUGAAUCAGCCUGUGAUUUUGAGCCCAAGGAUCAUGGCCCCCUCGUAGGAUUUUUGGAAGCAAUCGGAAAACUCCAGAAAAAGUUCUAUGCCAAAAAUGAACGCAUGGAUUGCCCAAUUCGAGUAUUCUUGAUCAUAAAAAAGGGAGGUUCAGCUGUUGGAUUAAAAGCUUUGAAGACAAUUCGUAGCUGGGGGCUGGAUGUUGACGAGGCAUUCAUCUUAUCUGGCUUAUCAGCAACGGUACUUUUAGAAAAAAUAUGCCCACAUAUUUACUUUGAUGAACAGGCACUCAAACAAUCAAAUGUGGCAGCUGGUACCCAAUGCAAGACGCGUUAA